AUGGAGGAACAGAGAGGAGCUUCCUCUGUGGAGCCGCCAUCGAAUUCUGGGCUUUUGGGUCAAAAGCGUAACGGAAAUGGAUUAGCAGAGAAGGAUGAAUUAGGGUCUAAACGUGUGAAACUGCGAGAUCUGGAUUCUGAUGCUAAAACCAGUGAUUUGCAAUCUGAUAAAGGCACUGGGAUUGUUCAGCAACCAAAUCUUAGCAGCAAAACACCUUCUGGGUUAUAUGAAAUGGUUGUGGCUCAUGCUAAAGGUUUAGCAACUAGUGUAGUGAGAGAAAAGGAAGCUUUGGCUAAAGAUACAAGCUUGCCUAAGGCCAACAAAGAUGAUAACUUAAGCGUUGCUAAAUCUGGCAAAGAAGCUGUGCUUGUGAAUCAUCCUGUAAAAGAUGGCAAUAACUGUGAUGAGGAGUCACUAAGAGGAAGACAAGUUGAUGCCGUGUUAAAGAACAGUAGCGUCUUGAAACCAAAGGAGACUUCUGAAACUGUUAGUCCAGUUGGAGCAGUAGAGUCAGAUUCGAUGUGUAGUGCACCACCGGGUUCAUUGGAGAAGUCAGAUUCGAUGCGGCGAUGGAUGGAAAUGAAGAAGAACGGGUUUCUCUCAGGACCUUUAGGAGGAGUACCAGCACCGAGCUCUGCAGUAGCGAGCACUACUACUCCUGUGGAAACACAAGUGCAAAAGCAACAGAAGAAUAAGCGGAGAAGCGACUCUUUCAAGAAGAGGAACGAGGUGGCUCCUCCUAGGAAGGAACAGCAGCUUAUAGAUAGGUUUUCGAAUGUUACAGCGCCAAGUGGAUUGCUGACUGAACUGAACCCGGGGAUCAUUAACCAUGUGAGGAGUAAGAAGCAGGUCUGCUCGAUUAUCGAAGCUUUGAUUCGGAAUGCUACUGAUGAUGGGGAGAGAAAUGCCAAUUUGAAUGUAAGAGAUUCAGUCAGAGAAGAUAGAGCAUUAGCCUUUAAGUUACCAUCUACAGGAGUACCUGAUAACGUCAAUUCCAUUGCAAACCAGGAACAAGCCACGUCUCUUGCUGUUGAAGCUGCUACAGUAGCUUCUCAAUGGUUGGAGUUUCUUCACCAAGACCUCAGCGGACGGCUUUCAGCUGUGCAGGAUAGUAGGAACAGAGUUAAAAGCGUUUUGACGACAGAGAUACCGCAUCUCGUCUCAUCAACAGAAUCUUCCUCUAACCAAGAAAGUAAGAUAAACACCUCUGGUGUUGCCUCUUCGGAUAAGACAGUAACAGAGACGCAUCAGAUAAGGUGGUCUGCAAAAUUUGAUCAGAUUAACAAAGCUCUUUAUGAUGAAGAGAGAGAUUUGGAACAUUCGUUAAACCAAGUGAAGGAAAUGCAAUCACGAUGCAACGAAGGUCUACGACAAAUGGACGAGUACUCGCCUUUCAGUUCUCAAUCAUCAGAUUCAAGUUUUGGGAAUCAGGAGACUAGUAUGGCGGUUCAGGCGGCUGCAGCUUCCAUUUUUUCCACAUGCAGUUUUCUUCUGUCAAUGAUGAAGCCGCCGAGUGCUACAGGCUCUUAA